UCGUUUGAUCAAGCUGUGAAUUUAUUGGGUGCCCCUUCUCCUUUUUUCAUUGCUGUUCCAAUAUGUCAAAUCCAAUUGAAAGAUAUCAAAAGCUAGCGUUUAAGCACGCUUUCUCAAGAAUUCACCAUUACCCAGUAGCCUGCAAAGAUCUAAGCUUGAUUCUCAGAGAAGCUUAUCACAAACUCCCCAAGAAUCUUCAAUCCGUCGUCUUCCAAGACACCCUCUCGGCCUUUCGGCUUCUUCCUGAAAUGCAGUCACGCAGCGCUGUCUCAGCAGCCCAUCUUCUAUUUCAGAGCGCAGAGGCUGUAUUGCCCAAACAAAGGAAAAAUUUGGCUGUUAAAGAAUUUAAACAUGCAAAGGUUGCUCAUAAGAGGCGCUGUAAAGCUCAUUCGGAGGAAGAAGCUUCAGAUGCGGCCGAAUUGCCACAAGAUGUUCUAGUACACAUCUUCAGCUUCCUGGACAUCCAGUCUUUAGUUUCUGUUGGGCUAGUCUGCUGGUCAUGGAAUUUCGCAGCUAGUAAUAACCAGCUGUGGCAAUUGCACUAUGCUAUUUUUUUCGGUAGCAAGCAUGACUCUUCACAGCAGAAUGGCAGGCAGGGUGAAAAUAAGGAGUUCACUUCACAGGACAUCUCAAAUGCUAGAACCAAUAUUAAUUGGAGAGAGGCCUUUAAAAGAACAUAUAAUGGCAAAUCAUCAAAGAGGUUAGCAUCUGAUAGGGGAUAUUGUAGUCAAUGUGAAACAAUAGUUUGGCUAGAUAACAUGAAAUGCUGUAAUGGAGACUGUGGACUGAAGUCUGGAAAUUGGCAAAUCAUGCAUGUAUCAUCUCACGAGGUUGUUGAAUAUCUAUUAUAUGGUUCAUCAUCAAUAAUAUCUUCUUCAGAAAGUGACAGUGACUCAGACGAGGAGUUGAUUACCAGAUUAUGGGCCUACCCCAGGGACAUUGGUAGAUACCAGUACAAGUGAAAAAAAAAAAAAAAAAGGGCCCCUCUUUUCAGUUGGGAUCUUUCAUAUAUUUGAUGUCUUAAAAUUGAUGGAGGUGUCAUGUGUGGUAUUGAUUAAUUUUUACUAGUUCUUCAGUAGAGUCUGGAAAUAUGUUGCGUUCAGAACAGGAAUAGGAUGUUGUUUCGUUGUGCUACAGAGUUACUAUGGUGGUUGAAGCUUGCUUGUCAGCAUGCUUAAGUUCACCUACAUUGAUAAUAUUAUAUUAAAUCCCCACAUUACGUUAGGUGAUUUGAACCCUCAAAGCUCCAAUCUCGAUGAAUGAAGUUCUGAGUUAAACGAAAA